UUGGGAUGAACACAAUGUACCUGAUUGUUGUAAUAGUUUAUGAAUAUUGGUCUGUAGGGCAUCUUGAGGACCAAACUGGUUCUCUCUACCUGUCGUGCUGUACGUAAUGUACUUCCGGCUUGUGGAUAAACUGGUGCUGGAACAUCUCAGCACGGGAAGAUGUAGUUUGCCUUUUUUCUUGUGGAGAGUACAUCUGGAGAAACUGGAUAAAAAAAGUAUUUUAAAAUAUUUUUAAACUUUACUGCUAUGCAUUGAUUUGACACAGCAUACUUUUUUCCUCAAGAGUUUUUUUCCAGGCUAUUGUAGCAGAAGAAAAAGAGUUGUUCAGAAAGUUCUGUUUGGCAUCCCGACAGCAAGACUCAGUUGGGUAUUUACGUCCUACCCUCAUCCCUCUAAUACAGUGUCUGGCGCUGGAGCAUCUCAGCUCAGAAAGGUUAUUUUUGUAGCAGAAAACAGCCUGACCAAGAAAAAGAGACUUUGAGAAAGUCUCAGAAAAUCCUGCCUCAAAAUGAAAUCCUGUACAGAGUUUAUUCUCAUCUUGCUGGGACUGUUUUUCAAGGCUUCUUCAGGAGAAAAUUCAACACAGGUUUACUACAUUGAGGUUCACAUAGAAGCUGGAGCAUACAAGCAUUUCACCGACCUGAUUGAUAACCUGAUUCUGGAUGUGAAUAGCUCAGCAACAGUACAAAACUUCAACAUUACAACAGAAUGCAACAGGCUGAAUACAGGAAAGGUGAACUGUGGCUGCAAUUCAGGCUACAGUUGGAGUGAGGAAGUGUGUCAGAACUACAGCCAGUGCUGCUACCAAAAUAACUGCAUGUUUAAUGAUCCAAACCCCAGGGCUAUGUGUCUCUCCAACAAUAAAGUUCUUGUCAAUGGAUCAUUUACUAUUGCUGAUGUGCCGUUUACCAGUUCCCUUACUGAUCCUGGAAGUGAAGAUUAUAAAAUAUUUGUCGAGAAAUACACUAGGCAGCUGCAACAAGUUUACAGUACUUUAGGCUGGUUUGACUCAUUGACGAUCACAAGACUCAGACAGGGCAGCGUCAUUGCAGACUUUGUGAUGACACUAACUGCUCCAUUUACAUCGGCUGAACUUGAGAAUACGACCAAUCAAUUGCAAAAGGACAACAAUGCUUCUUUCAACCUCAUAGUAACAGGACUUGUAAAAAGCACCAGGAUUCCACAAUUCCAGGACCCAAUUCCUUAUAAUAGUGAUAUCAGCAUAACAUGCAGUACACCAGAGGUUCUGGGACGACCCUUGUGGUCCUUCCAAAAAGAUGCACAACCGUCACAGGACAUUACAAAUGGGACUGAAGCUAUUGUGUCUUAUGACCUGCUAAACAGCACAGUUAACAUUAAGAAAACUACAGAAGUCUGGAAAGGAACAUUUACAUGUGACUACAUGUCUCAGCAGCCUAACUCCAUAAUAUACAGAGGCAGUCUUUAUUUGGACAUAGCACUUUUGCCGGAAGCCCUUAUCCUUAGUGUUCCCCAAUUUCCAAGCUGCACAGGCCCAAUCAAACAGUUUUACAUUACAGUUCAGUGUAUAGUUCCUAACACCACAGAAAACUAUACAGUUAAAUGGACAGGAAGAAAGAUUACAAAAGAUAAUCCAGUCUCUCAAGGAAAUGGUCAAAUCUCUUACCAAGCCUACGAAGGAAUCUUUUGUGAUGAACAAUUGGAAGGGCAUGAUGUUUCAUGUGAAUUCCAAAACAGACUAAAUCAGACAAAAACAUUCUCUCUGUUUGUCCCUAUCAUUAACAAGAACUCAACAAUUUGCAAAUCAGAGUCUGACUGGCCAGACGCAAAGGCUAAUUUCAAUGCCACAAAGUUAUGUGAUACUACUGCUGUUGGUCUACAAAUGAGAUACUGCAUGGCAAAUGGCACCUGGGGGGAUCUCAUCUCAUUCUGUGUGAACCGAGUCAUCAGUAAACUUUUAGAUGUUGCUAUGAACCUUCAAAGAGGACUUGGGAUUGUUAAAAAACAGGCAAAAGGUGUAUUUGUUCAGUUAAAGCAGUCAACUGAUGACAAAAGCUUUGAAACGUUUGCAAAUGUUAAUGCAACUGUGGGAGUUCUGGAAAGCAUGCGUGAUGCGUCUAACAUACAGGAAUCUAAAUGGAAUGAUACAGUGUUCCCUGAUGUUGUGAAAUCCUUAAGCAAUCUUUUGAAUGGCAGUCUAAAUGACAGCUGGAGGCCUGUGGGAAAUGAGAGGAAUUACACUUUGCCUCUUAAAUAUUUGAGGGCUGUAGAAGGAAUUAUACAUCAAACAAAUUUUACUACUGCAACUAAUCAGUUCCGACAAGAGAAUAUACAAGUAAAAAUAUACAACAAAUCCGACGCUUCGACACAAAAAACAUUCAGUAGUGAUUUCGGUGUCAGUGUCAGUAUCACUGAGACCGCAUCCAACAUGUCUGUGCAAACUGCAUUUAAGAAUCUUGGUAGCAAGUUACCGAAUACUCUGGAUGGUAAAGAAACCUUUCCAAGUGAAAUUAUAUUAGCAGUUUUUGGUGACAACAAGACGAAGAUCUCAAUGGAGUAUAACCAAAAGAGACUCCCAAACCAUGAAAUGUACUGUGUGUACUGGGAUGAUGUAAAUUCUCAGUGGUCUGAAAAGGGCUGUAAAUGGGGUGGCAUGCUCAAACAGAAUGUCUGUACAUGCGACCAUUUGUCUGCAUUUACAAUUCUGAUGGCCAAACAUCCGAUCGACUUAAAGUACAUGGAGGAGCUGACUUAUGCAGGUUUAGGUUUCUCAAUCGUUUCACUCACUCUGUGUUUAGUAAUUGAGUUUUUGGUGUGGAAUGCAGUGGUAAAGACAAACAUUGCACACUUCAGGCACACUGUCUUAGUCAAUAUUACGGUUUGUUUGUUAAUAGCACACUGCAGUUUUCUCGCAGCCCCUGUUCCAUCUGCAAGCCCUCCCAACUGGUGUUUGGCUCUUACGGUUAUGAAGCAUUUUUGCUUCCUAGCUGCGUUUUUCUGGAUGCUGUGCCUGAGUUUGGGGCUCCUGCACCAAGUAAUAUUUGUUUUUGUUCACUUGAGGAAAAAAGUAUAUUUGGGAUUAUGUGUGUUUCUUGGCUAUGUCUGUCCUUUAGUCAUUGUAGUUGUCACUUUCAUCACUUAUGACAAUGGCAGCACAGGAACAUACUAUUCUGGUGAAACCUGUUGGCUGAUAUAUGAGGCUGCGUUAAAGGGGUCAAUCCUUGCCUUUCUUUUUCCUGUUUUUAUAAUUGUGUUUGUGAACAUGUUCACUAUGGUUGUGGUUAUCAGCAGGAUCUUAAAACCCACUUUAUCAGAAGGAAGCAGUCAUGAUGAAAAGGAGGUUGCACGAAGCAUUGUUAAAACAAUUGUCCUCCUAACCCCUACUCUUGGAAUAACCUGGAUUUUGGGACUGUUUGUGCUAAUGCUUGACCUCACAACAGCACCUUAUGCCCAAAUUGUGAAUUACGCUUUUACUUUUUUCAACUCAUUUCAGGGCUUCUUCAUACUCCUUACGGGAUGUUUUGGAGAGAAAAAGGUUCGGGAUGCACUGCAGAAGCGCUUUGGACGACAGCAUUCAAUGAACUAUAAAAGUGAGAGCUCAUCGAGGAUUACAUCAGCAACUAAAACAAAAUAACUGGAUAGCUUUGAAAAGGACAAAUGACAAGAUAUCUCCACACUGCAAUCUGUUUCAUAUAACCGAGGAACAUGGAAGGACUUUACUGGCUUAUCUUUGUAAGCACAUAGACUCUGAACCAGUAUGACUUCUGUA